ACCGGCCACAACAGUUUAAAAGCAACCUCCGUCAUGAUCGCGUCAGCUGGAUUCUAAGUUACUCCUACCGCUUCCCUGCUCUUCGCUCGUUUUCCUCAAACAACGAGCCAACCGCGCGCGUAUCGGAACCGCGCUCAGUCCGCUCCAAAACGGUCGACCGCCAGUUCCUAUCACGCGGAAUGUCGAUCGUUACGGAUCGAUAAGGGGAGGAGAUGAGCCUCCCUCUCCUUCCGGAAUCGAUCGGUGGAGGAAAUCACGAGCGGAUAAAGAAUACAAAGUGGAUGAUACUUGCGAGCACAGUAUCUUCCGAUCGAUGGAAUGAGUCGAUAACGAUCUCCGGCUUCGCGCGAGUGCGUCGUUCUGCAACGCGAGUGAUCGGAUCGUUAUGAGAGAGGCGAGGAAUCGGCGCAGAAUCGGCUGGUGAUGAUCUAACCGCUCGACCGGGGAUCGUCGCAAUGAGUGUCAAGCGAAGAGUGUUCAGCGCCCUGGAUGGGCUUAUUAAGUGUGAUCGUGCGAUCGUAUGCUCGAUGUUCCUAUGGUAUCUCGCGUUCCUACUGUGCACCGUCGAGGCCGCCGAUCAUCCAGGGAUAUGCGCCAUGGCUGGCUGUAGCUGCACCGUCAAGGCGCACCAUUGGGUUAACAUCAAAUGCGUCUUCUCCAAGGAACAGAAUGUGGAGCUGCUGCAAGGAACCAUUCCGCCGGACGCAACGGAGCUCGAGGUCUCUUACUGCCGAGAACUGAGAAUACAAACGGGCGCGUUCGACGGGGGCACGCCCCUGAAACGCGUACGCGUACACGAGAUCAACAGCGUGAUCGCCAAAAGCGAGGCCUUUCAGAAUCUCAGCGCACCCAACUUGCAUCUCGAGGUGACGAAGUGCGGUAGCGUGUUCCUGGAGAGCCACGCCUUCCGGAAUACACGCGGUACGCUGAGCGUCUCGAUAGAGCAAUGCGAAUCCGUGGAGAUAAAACCAAACGCAUUCUCGUGGCUGCUCUGGCUCCACGUGAAGAAUGUAAGGUCCAUGGAGCUCUCCAGCAACGCCUUCAAGUUCGAUGCGCCUCAAUCCGGGCGACAUGGACCAGCGACCAAGAUUAUAUUCCAUAAUGUGAGGAUCGCGGAAUUGCCUAAGGCGGUCUUUCCUUCGGCAGUCGCGGAAAUUCGCAUGGACGACAUCUCAAUGAGAGUCAUACGCAAGGACGCCUUUUGUGCCAUGACCAUCUUCAGCGUGAUUAUUAGCAACGGGACUAUCCAGGAGAUUCAGUCCGGCGCUUUCAGCGACAGGGCGCUUAUCCAAAGCCUCAAGUUUACCGAUGUGCAAGUUAAAAAUAUCAACACGGGAGCCUUCAGAGCCGGACAUGAUAAUCUCACGAUCCAGUAUUGCAGUUUGUCCGAGGUGGAUACUGGUGCCAUCAACACAUCGGCCGCAACCGUCACUUUCAACAACAACAAAUUCGAGCACCUGAAAAAGGGCGCGAUUGUGCUGCAUCAAUGGAAUCACAUAGCGAUCGACGAGAAUGUCUUUGUCGAUCUAGAGGACGACGCGAUUAGAGCGGAGGUUAGUGCCACUUCGGCGCUCAACUUCGAAUUUUCCUUUACGGGCAAUAACAUACAGAAGGCACGGCCGGGAUCCCUAAAGUUCACGGCGAUCUCGCAGAGCGUGAACUCUGCGCGAGUCGGCAAAAAUAUAUUUAACGAGCAAUGCAGUUGCAAUCUCGAAAACUGGGUGCGCGAAGUGACGGGCCGCAACAGCUCGGUCACGUGGAUGAUGGACUCCAGCUACUGCAAAGCCGACAAUUUUCUGAAAAAAUGCUUGAGUCUGCCCGAGGACCACAUGGCUAUGCGGAACUACACGCAGCUUAUAUGCACGCCGGGGGAUCAUCACGUCCAUUGCAAGAAGCCGUCGUCGAAGCCGGAGCCGAGCGUUAGUCCACCCAGCGUCGGUCCUCACAUCUAUCCAAGGCAGAAGGGAUUCUUCGACAUAGAGAUGAGCGAGUCGGAGCAGCUGGAACGCGAGAAGAGGAUCAUCGUCAUCGUUUGCGUCGUGGCGGUCGUCGUCAUCGUCGUCGUGAUCUUAGCCUCGGGAAUUCUCUAUAUGCGCCGUCGCGGCGUGUGCCCCAAACUGACAUCCGGUUCGCUGAUAAAUCUGUCAAACUGGCUGUCGUCCAGCAACGGCAUGACCGCCGCGACGUCCGCCAGAUCGAUAUCGAGGCUGAGCGUUCACGAGUACGCCGGUCUCCAAGCGGAGACCAGGAUUCUCGAAAUGGACACGCAGGCGGAAGGUACGGAGGACGACGACGAGGAAGGUGACAUUUACUCCUACACGGAGAACAAGGCCACGCAGACGUUACCGGAGGAGCUGACGGAGGAGUAUCUGAGGGAUCUCCAAGAACGACUGAACGACCCUGACAAUCACAGUCAGGCGAGGGACAUGAUCGAACAUUUGUACGAUCUCAUCAAAGUGGAGGAGAGUUGCAACAAUAACAACGACCGACAACCGGCCGGCGAUCGAGAGGAGAAUGCGUACGACGUGAUCCAGCCGAGGACCAAAAGACCCCGCGGUGCACCGAGACCGUCCGUAAACAUUGGUACCAGAGCACCGUCCUUGGAUAAGCUGCUGCCAAACGGGAUAUGUACCAGACCGCUCAUCACCGAGUACGCGCAACCGCGCGAUCAGCGCACCACCGAUCAGAAUCAUCUGUACGCGGAGUUGCCGGGUGACGAGACGGUGCCCAGCACGAGUCGGCUGUCGCAACCGAUCCUCGAGAAUCUGAUCGGUAGAGCGCCGCAACCGUUACCGCCGGACGUGGUGAACGAUCAUCUUGUCGGCAAUGAUCGUCUUCCGCGUGACCUCGGUUACGGUGCCGACGACCGCGGACCACCGCAGAGCCCAAAGCUGGACUCGAGCUGCAGGAACCAAUCCGCCAGACCGAUGAACUUCCUCAAGACUUUCGGCGAGAGUAUCUUGGGCGCGUCCGGCAAAACGAGUAACAAUAAGAGGCCGAAUUCGCUGCUGUGCGAAUACGCCGAGCCGUCCGACGCGACCGCCCAUCUCUACUCGGAGCUGUCGGAACUUCAGCAAACGUCCGCGUCCACUAGCAAAAUGGCGAACAGGCCACUGCCCACCAAGCCCGACCAGGAUUCCGUCGCCGCGAACGCGGCCAAGGCGUAGCGGCGUCCAUUAUCUGUGAUAUAAGUGUUAUGUGUUUGUCGAGAACGAAGAUUAAAGUGUGUCCUUUCUUUUUGUCGAUUGUAUGAGAAAUAGUGUUCGCGCACACGCGUGUCUUUGCCGGAGUGAUUGCGUAAGGGAGUUUCCGCCAGGCGCGAAACGAGUCGCCUGGGGUCUCUCGGCUGAGAAAUUGUGUGCCUGCAUCACAAUAGCGGAGGAAAUACGCGUCAGAAAUUAGUGCAAUUCAUGCGUACAAGACUCGGGCUUGUCAGCCUCGAGAACGAGAAGUGUCCUUACUUUCAACACCGUACGUGCAUGAAUAAACCCUUGUUAGAACAAUCGCGCGUUGCGUACCAUUCGGAUGGUAUUUCCGUGGAAGGGAGGAAGCCAAAUCGCGCCCGGAUCGAGCCAAAGCAACGUUUACGCGAAAGUAUUGCUGCAGAGUUGUGCCAAAAUUAGUGCGUUGAAUCGACUGUUUAUUCGCGCUUGUAACAUGACGAUAGUUUCGAUAAAACUACCACGCGACCGAUUAGAAUUGUUGAUAAAAUACCGCGCAAGAGAAAUUGGCGGAUUUAUUUAUGUUUAUUUGUGACACACAAACACAAAUGGAUGUAACAUAAAUUUAUAUAUAUUUGCUUCAGGUAUUAUUAAAUAAGUAUUUUACAUUUGACAACGGAGAAAAAUUUAUUAGUAUCAACACCAGUUCCUGUUGAAAUUCCCUAUUUUAAAAUAUUGAAGUUAUAUAUUUUCAACAUUUUAAAUACAUGAACGAAAACACACGUACAUUCAGAAACUGUUCUUUAAUGUUUUACAAUAAUUUGUUAUUUUAAUUAUUAAGAAAUCAUCCGUCGAUACAUUUCGAUCUU